GCAUUUCUGAUCAUAGGCUCAAGCAGCUAAGGCUUCUGGGAGUUGAACUCCAAAAGCCUGAGAGGAGAACCUGAACUGAUGAGUUUUUCACGGAAGGAAAUGCGGGGACAAUAGCCACAGUAGUGUUUUCCAUGCAUUACUCUAUAUUUUCCUAUCUCUAUAACUGCGAGUGGCUUCUGUUAGGAAUCCAUACGGCACUUCCGCCCGGACUUGGUGACGACUUCCGCCCUAGCUUUGGAAAACACGUGACCCAGACCAGAAGUGAGAGUUCAAUAAGUGCGCUGGAGGACAGUGAAUGCAAAGGUUGGCAGGAGCUGAGGCUAACAGUGGGAGCUCACCCCGCUCUCUGGAUUCAAACCGUCAACCUUUUGGUCAGCAAGUUCAGCAGCUUGGUGGUUUAAUCCACUGCACCACCAGGAGCUCCUACAGUUUCUUUCACAAUGUCUGACAGCUACUUCUAAGCUCUAUGAAGCAGCAUAUGCUUUUCUUUCCAGUCUGUGGUCCACAACAUGCAGCGUCACAAUUUGGUGGUCCUGAGGGGACACACAGUGCACCCGUUCACAGUGAGGACAUACUGUUCUCCAGCCUCCAAGAGGCCUGACAGCAACCCCGCCAUGGAAGUGGCCACCAGUUUUCUUCACCGCUUGUCGGAAGCCGGGAAGGUUUUGGGAAGAAGCUCGCUUCAGAGAAUCUCUGCAGUCAGCAGAAGCUGGUGGGACAAAUACGAAGAAUUUGUUGGACUCAAUGAAGUCCGGGAGGCCCAAGCAAAUGUGACUGAGGGUGAAAAAAGGUUUAUGGUGGCCCGUGGGAUCGUACGAGAAGCUCGUGAAACCUGGGAGGCCCAGCAGCUCAAACUGAAGGAAAUCCGAGACCGUUUAGACAGAGUUUCACGUGACGAUUCUCAGUAUCUGGAACUGGCAACUUUGGAGCACAGGUUACUGCAGGCAAAGAAGAGGUACCGAAGCAGCUACGUCACUGCUGAAGAGUCAGAGCGGGAAGCCUUCUCUCUCUUCUCUGCGGCUGUGCGGGAAAGCCACGAGAAAGAGCGAGCCAGAGCAGAGAAAACCAAGAACUGGUCCAUUAUUGGCUCCGUGCUGGGUGCCGUUAUUGGGGUGCUGGGCUCCACUUAUGUCAACCGCGUUCGGUUGCAAGAGCUGAAAGCACUGGUUUUUGAAGCCCAAAAGGGACCCAUAAGCCUCCAGGAAGCCAUCCGAGAACAGGCCUCCAGCUAUAAUUCCCAGCAAAGGGACCUGAGUGACCUAAUUGCCAACCUGAGAAAUGUUCUACAAGUCCUGAGUGUGACAUCACAGGAAACGGAAGGUGCUUCCUCGGCCAAAAGCAGCAUCAGCACACCACUAAAAAUAGACCCUCUCUUAGUUUCCAUCAAGGAGCAGCUGAGCUACUCUAAACAAAUAAGCUCAUUCUUUGGGAGCUUGCAACAGCAACUUAGUAACCUGGAAAAAAGCGUUGGUCAAAUCACCACCGAGGUACAGAAUGUAAAGAGUGCACCUCAACCCACUCCUGUAGGGAAAGAACUGUAUAGCCCUACAAGAGAGGAGACCAGACCGGCUUUUGCAGCCGAAGAUGUGGUUUUCGAACUCUGUAACACAGAAAGGAGGCUAGGAGCACAAAUGAAGCAGAACUCCUUCUAUAGCACAGCCUUCACUUGUACGGUGUUUGCUGUCACCCUUCCCGUGCUAUACCUCCUGCUCAAAGGAAAUUAAUCGGCACAAAAAUGAUUUGUUAGAAUCGAAUAAUAAAAUUACAUUCCCCCA